UUCUCUCUCUCUCACCAACCCUUUCUCGUCUCUUUCUUCUACGGCACAAACUGGGUUACCUGUUGUGUUGCAUCAUCUGAUCAAGACAGAGAUUAGGCAAAACCAAAGGGAAGCCUACCAUUUCUUUGGUUUUUAAAUCUAUUCUUUCCAUUCAUCUCUUUUUUAACUCCUGGAAUUGGGUUACAACAAAGAGAUACACAGAUGAAUCCAUUAAGCCCCUCACGGAGGAAGUUGGAUUUCAAUGAGAAGCAGAAUUCUAAAGGUGCAGAAGAGAAAAGGAUUGGUGGGUUCAACCAGGUGAAUUUGUUUUCCAAGUCUUCUGUUCCCAGAAGUUACCAUGAUCAAGAUUGGAUUCAAAAGUUUUCAGUUGCAGAGGAGAAAGAUAUGGUAAUGGGUCUUGUGCUUUCUCAGGGAAGAUCCUACCUCGACCUUAUGCAGAAUUGCGAUCUCCCUCCACCAGUCAAGGUCUUCGCCGGCACUGAAAGACCUACUCCCACAACCACAAAAAUCAGUAAAAAAGAUGAAGAUGAUGUGUUCCCAAUUGGCCCAGGAUCCCUUCAAUAUGAUGAGAAGCUAGACCUGUUGAAAGCUUUGCAACUAUCCCAGACAAGGGCAAGAGAAGCAGAAAAGAAAGCCACGCUUGUGAUCAAGGAGAGAGAUCGCUUGUCCAACGCACUCCUGGAGGAGUCACUGCGAUUAUUUGCUCAUCGACAAUGGGUGAGACUUCUGGAACUUGAGAUCCUCUUACUGCGAUCACAGAAGCAAAAGUUUGAACAGAAACAAUUAUCUCAUGGACGCUACCAACCAGAUAAGAGGAAGAAAAUACAGAGCAAGAAAGAAGAUGAUACCGGUGGUGGCUGGGCAUCAUUGUUCAUGGCUUUGGCACUGUGUUUGGGCUUUGCUGGUCUGGGUGUGCUGUUUGGCUGCAGAUAAAACCUUUCU